AUGGCAGCGCAGUCGACGUUACGGCAUGGCCCGGACGAAGCACUCCGGGCACUCUUCAACCGCCUACUCGACCGUCUACGUGGACGACUCCGACGAACACCUCAGGCACUCCGCUUGUUAGCGGCAGUCCUCUUCGCAUUCGGUCUGAUUGGCGGUGGCGUGGGGUCAUAUAAGUGGUGGAUUGAAACCCGCAAGGAGAAAGAGACAGGGAGACAGCUGCUGCGUCGCAACUCUGGUCUGAGAGCCAAAGACGGCACUCGCACCAUCUAUGUCGCAUACAAAUCCUCUACAGCAAAGGUCGUCAUCAAUCCGACCAAGCCGACUACCUUUGAUGCUCACCGACGUCUGUUUUUACAGCCGCCCAGAGCUGUUGGCCUGAGCGACAGCAAUCUACCACAAGUCCCUCCCCUCCAAACCAAGCCUGGCCUAAACCUCGCAUUCUUGCAUCAGUUCCUCAGUCUGAUGAACAUCCUGAUCCCCAGAUGGGGUAGUAAAGAGACUGGUCUACUCUUCAGUCACGGUGUCUUCUUGCUUCUACGGACGUACUUGUCCCUCGUUGUCGCCCGUCUAGAUGGUGAGAUUGUGCGAGACUUGGUGGCCGGCAAAGGCAAGCCCUUCCUCUGGGGCAUUGCCAAAUGGUGCACCAUUGGCGCUUUGGCCAGCUACACCAACAGCAUGAUCAAGUUCUUGCAAUCGAAAGUCUCGAUAGCCUUCCGUACUCGUCUGACUCGCUACAUCCACGACCUCUACCUCAACGACAACCUCAACUUCUACAAGCUUUCUAACCUCGAUGGCGGCAUUGGCCAUGGGGCUGAUCAGUUCGUCACUCAAGACUUGACUCUCUUCUGCGACUCUGCCGCCAGUCUGUACUCGAGUCUUGGGAAACCCUUUGUAGAUCUAUUGGUCUUCAACUAUCAACUAUACCGCUCGCUCGGUCCACUGGCCUUGACAGGUCUACUAGCAAACUACUUCGCUACCGCUACAUUGUUGAGACGACUGUCGCCUCCUUUCGGCAAGCUAAAGGCUGUAGAAGGCAAGCGGGAAGGUGACUUCCGAGCACUUCAUGCUCGCCUCAUCGCCAAUGCCGAAGAAGUUGCCUUCUAUGGCGGCGAUCAGAUGGAGAAACUGUUCCUGGACAAAGGCUUCCAGGAACUCAAACGAUGGAUGGAGGGCAUCUACAGUCUUAAGAUCCGUUACAACAUGCUUGAAGAUUUCGUGCUCAAGUACUCUUGGAGUGCUUUUGGCUACCUCAUCACUUCUCUCCCAGUCUUCCUCCCUGCUUGGGCUGGACUCGCAGAGAUUGGCGACAAGAGAGCAGCUCAGCCAGCUUCGGAAGCCGCUCUAAUGGCCCAAUCGCCAACAGACGAAUCAGGCAGCCGCACACAGAAUUUCAUCACCAACAAGCGCCUCAUGCUUUCGCUUGCUGAUGCAGGCGGCCGUAUGAUGUACAGCUUGAAAGACCUGUCGGAGCUGGCAGGCUACACCUCCCGUGUCUAUACUUUGAUCAGCACUCUCCACCGAGUACACGCCUCUGCAUAUCAUCCACCUCGCAACACAUACCCCGAACUCUACUCGCUAGCCGAUGUGCAAGGGACCCUGCACAAAGGCUUUUCCGGCGUCCGCUUCGAGAACGCCCCAGUCGUCGCACCCGGCCUCUGGCCACAAGGCGGAGAAGAACUCCUCGACAACCUCAACUUUGUCAUCCAGUCCAACCAACACAUCCUCGUCAUCGGCCCCAAUGGCGCAGGUAAAAGUGCCGUUGCCCGUAUUCUAGCCGGUCUAUGGCCCGUCUACCGCGGUCUAGUCUCUCGNCCCCGAAGCAUCGGUCAAGAUGGCAUCAUGUUCCUGCCUCAACGACCCUACCUCUCCCCCGGCACCCUACGCGACCAAAUCAUCUACCCGCACACCGAAUUCGACAUGCGCGCCUCCUCACGUGGCGACUCCGAACUCGAGCAAAUACUUACCGAUGUCCGGCUCGGCUACUUGCCUUCCCGCGAAGGCAGCUUCGACACGCGCAAAACAUGGAAAGAUGUCCUCAGCGGCGGCGAAAAACAACGCAUCAGUUUCGCACGUUUACUUUAUCAUUCGCCCGCUUUUGCAGUCAUUGACGAGGGAACUUCUGCUGUGAGCAGUGAUGUGGAAGGAUUGCUGUAUGAAACUCUGAAGGCUAGGGGAGUGACAUUGCUCACCAUAUCCACUCGCGCAAGUUUGAAAAAAUACCAUGAUUAUGUUCUGACCUUGGGGCUGGGAAGCCAAGGCGACGAGUGGGAGAUGCAAAAGAUAGGCACCGAGAGCGAAAAAGACAGUACAGAAAAAGAAAUCGCUGAACUCAAGGAGCGGUUAUCUCAAGUCGAAGCAUGGAAAGCACGCAAAGCAGAAAUCGAGGCCGAGUUGGCUGAGGUGUGGGUGCAAGGUAGUGGUAUCUUGGAGACUCCUACGUUCGCGAGUAACGAGCAAGAGUGCAAGCAAGAUGCUGGUGCGCGAAAUGCUGCAGAAGAGAUUGACGUGCUCGCAGAGGAAGAGGGGGAAGAAGUCGCUCUCAGCGAGACGGAGACUGAGAAAGCAGUCAACAGCGAUGGCGCAGAGAAUGAUACAGGUACUGAUGGCUACAACACCGACAACACGCAAGACUUGUUUGUCAGUGCUGCUGCCACACCUUUGGAGAGGGCGUCACCGUAG